AAUAUUAUUCUGUUACCCUCGCGCCCUAUAGAGGUCUGUCCAAAGCCCACCGCAACCUCUUGCAUCUGGUCAACCCCACGACCUUGUCUCCUUCCCGAGCGCCCACCACUUCCACCCUCCCGUGCGCCGCCAGCCGCCACUUCCCUCCCCCGCGCGGCCGGAUGCCGGCUCCCUCCCCUACGCUGCUGGAAGCCGCCUCCCUUCCCUGCGCCGCCGGACGACGCCUCCCUCCCUCGCCCCGCUGGACGCCAGCGCCACCACGACCACCCUCCUCCAUGCACCGUCGCCACAGCCGUCUCCCCAGCACGCCGCCGCUACACGCCCCUCCCCCAGCGUGUCGCCGCCACGACCUCCCUCCUCAGCGCGCACCAUCCGGCCCUCUUCCCCAGUGUCGACCAAAUCACCUCCCUCCACAUCAACCGUUGUCGACGGAGCUCGCCCCCAUCCUCCUUCUCGAGCGGAACCACGGCCUCGCCUUGCUCGCAUCUGCCAGCAGUCCUACUUCUCCAUGACGAUGAGGAUAACAUGGUCGUGCGUGUUCAGUCAUGCCGUGCCCGCCCUCCUUUCUGUCUACUUCUGAGGCGAGGAGCAGUAGCUGCUGGCGGCACUAUCGCACCCCUUCUGUUCCUUUCUCAGGUAUUCUUGCAGCAAAACAAAAAUGCUGUUCAAGUGGUCUCCUGCUCCAGUUCUCUAGUUGGAUAGAUUGAUGGUUCAAUUUGUCCACGCCCGUGCACCCCGAGCUAAUGCCAUCUUCAGCAAACUCUUCCACCAAGCAUGUAAGGUGUUUCCAUGGAUGGUAUCUUUCCUACUCUCUUGUUCAAUUAUUGUUCUAGUUAGCUCCUUUCCACAACAUGUGUUUGUGAUUAUGGCAGCAAGAAAGGAUGUGUGGUAGCACGCCCCACAGAAUCUUGGUUAAUCCUGCUAUUGCAAACUUUGCUGCUUUGGUCGAUAUUUGCUAGCUUGAAGUAAUAUAUGUUUUAGUGGAAGUUGUAUUUUUGUAUGUUGUAUGGCUUGCUGACCUGUCCAGCUCUUAUGUGAGAACUGAUACUUGAGACUUAGUGAACCAUACAAAUAUUCAACAUGGAUAAAAAGUUUAGGUAGUGGAUAGUGUGGUGUUAGUAAGGAGCAGGAGAAGAACACUUGGGCAUCGUUGUGGUUAGCAUGAUUCUGUUAAAAUCUAUUGUGUGAUUGUGUCUUAAGAUCAUGCAUACAUUUUUUGUUAAAGCUAUUU